AUGGUGAAAGGGAUAGCAUUUACCAAAGGUUCAAGAGGAAUCCGUGUUGGACCGGCUGUUACAACCAAUGCAAUUUUUGAUAAUAUUUACAUUUACAAUACCACUGGAACAGCAUUUUCAGCCAACGAUGCAGGUAAUGAAUAUGUUAAUAUAACAUUACGAAACAGUGAAAUAACUAAUACCAACACUUUAGCUAAUACAACGGGUGAAUGUGUUUAUCUCGGAUGUACCAAUGAUACAUGUCGAAUUCGUGAUUCAAUCAUUGACCACAAUUAUUGUCAUGAUACACUUAGUUCAGUUGGAGGAUCAAGGGCUGGAUUCCAAGUCAAAUCUGGUUCAUACAAUGUUAUCAUUCGUAAUAAUGUUUGUUACAAGGUAGUUGGACCUUGUAUUGUUGUUUAUGAUGAUUAUAAUCGUGGACGAAAUUUGAUUGAUGGAAAUUUGGCAAUCAGUGCUGGAACAGCUGAUCUCGGAAUACAAUGUACAUCUGGAGCCACAAUCACUAAUAAUAUUGUGAUCAAUGCUAGUGCCUCAAUUUACAAUAAUGCUAUCAAUGGUAGUAUUAGUGCUACAGGCAUUCAAUCAUGUGGAACAUUCGCAAUCUCUAACAAUGUCUUCAUCAAUGCUGCAGCCAAUAAUUUUUAUCCAGCAGCAGGGUCUCCACUGAUCAAUAAGGGUGCGAAUCCAUUUUAUCAAGCUCUUUAUGAUUACAAUGGAAUGAGUAGAUCCCUAGCAACACCAACCGUUGGCGCAUACGAAUAUUCUACUACAAAUAAUCCUGGGUGUGCGACAACAAACAAUUUUAAAUGUGGUUCAUCCACAGCUGGUGUCUCACAAUAUUCUCUAAUUAGUUGA